UCAACGAGGAAGUACUCACGAUCUGCGGCCCGCCGGAGCUCGCCCUCCAAGGUAUGGCGAUCGAUCCUCUCCCACUCAAGGGCCUCACCGAGAAUCUCGCCGACACUUACGUCGCAUCCGGCUCGGCCUGCCUCGAUUUCUUCUUCCACAUCGUCCCCGACACCACCGAUUCCUCGCGCGUCAAGGAACUGGCCACCACGGCCUGGAAAGAAGAUCCCUUGACGACUCUCAAGCUCAUCUUCCAGCUCCGGGGGAUCCGUGGCAGCGGCAAAUCGGACAAGCUCCACUUCUAUGACGCUGCAUGCUGGCUCUACGAUCACCAUCCCCGGACGCUGGCCGCCAACAUCGCCAAGGUCGCCCCGGUCGGCUACUUCAAGGAUCUCCUGGAGCUCGUCCAGCGGAUCCUGGAAGGCGAGGUGGUGACGGCGCAGAGAAUGCGCGAGAAGGAGGAGUGGAAGAACAAGAGACAUGAUCGGCGGUGGCGCUCGAGGAUCCGCCGGAGCGGCCGGGACAGAUGCGCAAGGAUCACGGACAGAGCAAGGAUCGCUACGCAAGGCGACCGGGAGGAGCGAGUAGCGGCGAGCAUCGCCAAGGACAAGGCCGAGAAGCAAAAGGCUUCCGAGCUGCGCAAGGAGAGAUCGCUGGCGCUGGCUCGCCGCGCGAUCGACAGGCUCGCCAAGGAUCCCGAGUUUGCAGCGGUGUACGCCGGCGUUGCUCGCGUCUUCGCCGACGCGCUCGCCAAGGAUCUGGAGGCGUACAAGCAGCACAAGAACAAUGCGAGGAUCAGUCUCGCGGCGAAGUGGUGUCCAUCACUCGACUCCGCCUAUGACAAGCAGACGCUGCUGUGCGAGGCGAUCGCGUGCAAGCUCUUCCCGAAGAACAGCACCCCCGAGUUCGCGGAGCUGGACCAGAGGCAGUACGCGUACCGAGCUCGCGACAAGCUGCGCAAGGAGGUUCUGGUUCCACUGCGCAAGGCGCUGGAGCUCCCGGAGGUGUACAUGAGCGCGCAGAGGUGGGACGAGCUGCCAUACAACCGGGUGGCGUCGGUGGCGAUGAAGACGUACUCGAAGAUCUUCACCAAGCACGACGAGGAGCGGUUCAAGCAGUACCUCGAGGACGUCAAGUCCGGCAAGGAAAAGAUCGCGGCCGGGGCGGUUCUCCCGCACGAGAUCCUCCGGGCUGCUGUCACCAAGGAUGGCGCGGAGAGAGGCGCGGCGGAGCUGCAGUGGAGGGCGAUGGUGGACGAGCUGCGGCGGAAGGGGAGCCUGGAGAACUCGGUGUCCGUCUGCGACGUGUCGGGGAGUAUGAGCGGGACGCCGAUGGAGGUUUGCAUCGCGCUGGGGAUGAUCACGGCGGAGCUGAGCGACGAGCCGUGGAAGGGUCGGCUGAUAACUUUCAGCGACGAGCCGGCCUUCCACGAGAUCCGGGGCGAGACGCUGGCGGAGAAGUACGAGUUCACGACGAGGAUGCCGUGGGACAUGAACACCGACUUCCAGAAGGUGUUUGAUCGGAUCCUGGAGCGAGCCCGCGAGUUUAACGUCCCGCCGGAGAAGAUGGUGAAGAGGCUCUUCGUCUACAGCGACAUGGAGUUUGACGAGGCCAGGGGGAAACACUACGGCGGCGUGUACAAUCCUCGGCCGGAUUGGUGGGGUGGCGAACAGGCGCCAGGUUGGGAGACGGAUCAUAUGGCGAUCAAGCGCAAGUUCAAGGAGGCCGGGUACGUGGAGCCGCCGCAGAUUGUCUUCUGGAACUUGAGGGACUCGGAGAGCGUCCCGGUGCUCAAGGACGAGCCCGGCGUGGCGCUCGUCUCGGGCUUCUCCAAGAACAUACUCAAGAUGUUCCUGGAGAACAGCGGGGCUAUCGAUCCCAUGCUCAUCCUCCGGAGUGCCAUCUCGGACAAGAUCUACGAGGACAUGGUGGUGGUGGAUUGAGAGCAGAAACGAUUAUGACGAAGUUUGAAAAGUUUGGCUUUGUUUGGUUUUCUUUCUCUCAAAAGUUUUUGACUUUGAUCCUAAAGCUUUCAUAGAAACAUCUUGGGAGUGCCGAAAAAGUUUGUAGAAUGUAGCUAACUAUGAGGAUUUAACGAUUAAAAUGUAAUA